UUUAACUUCUAAGGUUGAUAAACUUCUGGAACUAGCUUUAUUGUUUUCAUAUUUCACAAGAAAUAUACUUGAACGAUAUGAACAAAAAGGUUUUAACAUUAUAAACAGUAACAAAAUGGCAACAGGUUCAUUGUCUUCAGUUCCAAAACGUUUGCGUAUGGUUGAAGACUUUUCUUGCACAUGUUGUUUAGAGCAGAAUCUUACGGAAUCUGCAGACAUUUAUUGUGAACAAUGUUUAAGGUUUUAUUGUAAAAAAUGUGUUAUCCUGCAUAGUCAGUUGUUUACAAAACAUAUGACAUGUGGAAGGGAGGAUAUUAAAAAAUGGCCAGUUUCUAAGGCGGUGGAAGAUUUUCUCAGGAAGUGUGAGGUGCAUGCGGAUGAAUCACUGACACAGUUUUGCCAUGACCACGGUCAGCUGUGCUGCUCUGCAUGUGUUGGAACAAUUCACAGCCAGUGCAGUAAAGUGACCCAGAUUUCGGAGCUGACCAACUCGCAGCCCACUGGCCUGGAGGGGAUGUCAGUGGAGCUGGAAACUGUCCUGGGGGAAAUUAAAACCCUGCAGAUCAGUCAGAAGGCCAGCAUUCAGUCAUUGCAGAAAACAUACAAGGAACAUAGUGCAGUUAUGAUAGAGCAAAUGCGUGGCAAUUUAAAUACUUAUAUAGAUGAAUGUGAUAAUAGUUCUGUGGGUACAUCAGGCGGAAAUGAGCAAUAUUUAAAAGAAGAGAUGUGUAGGAGUGUUCUCUCUAUCGUGAAUGAAUUUGAUAAUAUUACUGCGAAGGAACUUAACGAGAUGAAAGAUGAAGUUAUAAGCAUUAAAGGGUCAGUUACAAGUUCUAUUCAUAAAUGCACCACUCUUCACAAUGACUUGUCACAAUUCCAUGAACUUGUUCAGAAAAUUGGAGAUAAUAAGGAGCUCUGUCUUAUAGCCAGCAUAAAAUGUAAGCAUAUAAUACAGCAGGCAUUGACUCUGCUAGGAAAGUCAGGCAAGGCGUUUAACAUCCAGCGGAAGUCUGUGCACAAUGUGAGAAUACCAAGUGAUUCAUAUGAAUGUAGUAUUGAAGGCAUUUGUGUUCUGACUGAUGGGCAGGUGCUGGUCAGAGACUCGAAGAAUAAGAGGAUCAAGCUGCUGAACCAGCAGUACCAGGUGGUGAAUCACUGGGAUGUGACUGCUGGGCCAUGGGACAUAUGUUUGAUCACAUCCAGUGAGGUUGCAGUGGCUGUGAAUGACCAUGAUAGCAAGAUACAUGAGGUCCAGUUUAUCACUGUCAACCAGGGAAAGCUUGUCUCUGGCAGGAAGUUUCAGUUACAACAUGAAUGUACAUGUAUUACCCAUCACCAAGGAGACCUUUUUGUCACCUCUGGUAAAGAAUUGUACAAAUACUCACUGAAUGGCAAACAGCUCUGCAGACUCUACCAAGAUAGAUCAGCUGAUUUGCCAGGUGGACAGGGAGGGGAAGAGUAA